AUGUUGAAGAAAAUCAGUGCAUUAGAGGCUGCAGCAGACCUAAACACAGUCACCAUGAAGUUGGGCUCUGUCCUCACGGCUGGGGUCCUCUACUUUUCUCCUAUGAUGCUCUGGGCAGUACAGAUGCUACUGGCAGCUGGAUAUCAUGCUGCUGCCGGUUUUGAGAUGCUGCAAUGUGAAGGACCGGUCAGGACCCAGGACAGCAGCUGCGAUACCCAAGAGGACUUGACCAACCCAAGGGAAGUUGACUUCCAGGUCAAGGGCUACACUUUCAGUAAACCCUUCCAUCUGAUUGUGUCUUACGACUGGCUGAUCCUCCAAGGUCCAGUCAGCCCUAUAUUUGAAGGAGACCCACUGAUUCUACGCUGCCAGGCAUGGCAAGACUGGCCACUGACCCAGGUGACCUUCUACCGAGAUGGCUCAGCAAUGGGUCCCCCUGGACCUAAUAGGGAAUUCUCCAUCACUGUGGUGCGAGAGGCUGACAGUGGGCACUAUCACUGCAGUGGCAUCUUCAGGAGCCCUGGUCCCGGGAGCCCAGAAACAGCAUCUCCCGUGGCUAUCAAGGUCCAAGAACUGUUUCCAGCCCCACUUCUCAGAGCCACCCCCUCAGCUGAGCCCAAAGAGGGGGACCCGGUGACCCUGAGCUGUCAGACAAAGCUGCCCCUGCAGAGGUCAACCGCCCGCCUCUUCUUCUCCUUCUACAAGGACAGCAGGACAGUGCGUGGCAGGGGCCUCUCCCCGGAAUUCCAGAUCCCCACAGUUUCAGAGGCACACUCUGGGUCCUACUGGUGUGAAGCAGUCACUGAGGACAACCAAGUUUGGAAACAGAGCUCCAAGCUGGAGAUCCGGGUGCAGGGUCCCUCCAGCUCUACUGCAUCCCCCACCUUGAAUCCACCUCCUCGGAAAUCAGCUGUUCCAGAAUCUACUCCAACAGCCUCUCCUAGACUUCAGCCUCCACUGUCCACCCCUUCUAAGGAUCCAGGCUUCUCUUCUCCUCUGCAGGUGCCAGACCCCCAUCUGUAUCACCAGAUGGGCAUUCUUCUCAAACAAAUGCAGGAUAUGAGAGCUCUCCUUGGUCACCUGGUCAUGGAGCUGAGGGACUUAUCUGCCCUCCUGAAGCUUGAGACCACAAAGGGUUCUGCCAAAUAUGAGUAAAUAAUUCAUUUGCAGUAUUGCUCAACUACUCCCAAUAAAUUCAACUUUUUCUACUUUUC